GCGGUAAAGGGGAUUUUGCGAGACUUGACCUUGUCUUUACUGUGUUAGUUAGUUUCGAGAACUCAAUAAAAGUAAUUGCUCCGAUAAUCUUCCCAGUGAAAACACAAACACAAAUGUAUUUUUGAAAAUAUGAAUAAGUUGGUUCUGUUUCAAAUUUUGUCAUCUGAAGGAGGAUCCCAGCAAAUUCUACUUGUGAUACAUAUGAUCAAAAAACAGAUUUCAAAAUCUACAGAAUAAUUAGGGCAGUACAUCAUGAAGUUCUCUGAAGGUACGUAGCAUAAUUAUCUUCUGUGUUUUUUUCUAGCUUAUUUACACAAACGAUACGGGGUCCCGGAUUCAUGAAUAUCUUGCUGAAUCCCUUUACUUUUGGCCUAUUUUAGUGAGGAUUCAAAGCAAUUUAUGAUAAGCUUAUAUUUAUAAUCCUAAUACCUGGUUUUGUGAAUUAGUUUUAACAUUUAUCACGACUAAUUUCUUAAGAAUAUGACUUACUUGUAUGUUGUUGAAUUUAUUUAGUAGUGUUAGUGGUGAUUACACAGUAACAGUUUCUUUACAUCGUAACUGAAAUUUCGGCUUGGAGUUCUCAUUUUUGAGAGCAGUUUUGUUUAUUCAGCUUUAGGCAGUACUCCAUGAUGUUGUUACUUUCCGACUGCCCAAACUACUAUAAUUGAAUUAGGGUUUGAACCGGCAUCCUGUUAUUUAGAAACAGUGCUCAAAAUUACUGUUGAGUUCUAAUCAUUUUGUAACCCCCGAACCAUUAGUUUUCACCCGAUUUCCGCUUGAACCACAAGCUAGUAUUGUCUGUCUACAAAAAUAAUUAUGGUUUCGUCAUGUAAAAGUUAUAUCUGAUUACCAGGUUAACUAAAUUACAUUAAACGCUUUUUUCGGUAAUUGACAACCUAUUCCAUAUCCAAUAGAUAAAGUUUGCUCUCCUGUCUACGAAUGUUAACCAGAUAUUUAAAAAGGUCACUUGUUAUGUUUCAGAUUCAAGUGGAGUGCUUCAUUUAAAUUCAACUUCGAAUAAAACAGUCAAGGAAUAUGAUUGCCAAAAGGUUGGCAUAAAGCAUUCAUCCAUUGGAGAUGUAUGUGACGUUGUUGUAAGUCAGAAAAAUAUUAAUGAAUCCAAAGAAAGCUCAAGUGAUAGACAGAUGACGUUUACUUCAGCUGGUUCACAUUCAAACCACUCAAAUUUACACAGUUCAAGUGAAUAUCCACAGAAAGCAAGACGGUCGCUUUUAGACUGGGACAGUUUUAUAAAUCUACCUAAAAAGCCUCGAAAUCUGUCGUUAAAAACUGAUGAUUUAUCUCGAACGUUAGUUACAAAAACGACAGAUUCAAGAUCUCCAAUUAAAUCAAAACAAGAAGGUGAUAGUCGUGCAUCCCCUUGCUUAUCUCCUAUAAAAGCAAACGAAUUUGUUGGAAAUGUAAAGUUAGCACCUCUUCGGUGUAGUACAGAACAUGACAAGUUAUUAACUAAUGGUGGCUAUUCGUCUUCCGAAGAACACAGUAAAAGUGUCCCUGCAAGGGGAGGCGAAUCAUCUGAUUUCAGCAGUCCUGAUUUUACUUUAUCAAGUAUCCCAGUUAAAAACCGUGCUGAAACGAGAAAACGAAGAUCGUCCCAUUUUGCCACUGCCUCCAAUGACUCCGAAGUAUCUUCAGACCAGCUAGACAUGCACUCUCAAAGGCAAAACCAAAAAAAAAUUCUGAUUGGCAAUCAUAACAGUAAAAAAAGAAAGUUGUCACCUUCUGUUCGAAUUCGCAGAACAAAAGACACUUUUACAUGCAUAGCAAAGGAAAAUUUGCACAACGGUGUGCAAUCGCCUGAUUUUGAUUUUGAUACCGGUAAUUCAAUACAUUGUCAAAAGGUGUCAUGUCGCUCUCUAUGUGGUGCCUGUGAUCAUGAUAAUCAUAUAUCUAAUGAAUUAAACUUAAGAGAACUCAGCGGAAGUAUUGCAUCUCAGCAAAAUCAUUCAUUGGCCAACAAUUCACUCACGAUUACUCAUGUGGCAACACAACGGCCAUCUUUAAGAUUGAAAAAGUCAUCCAAACUUCCAAAGGAGGAGCUUAUCUCAACUCAAAAUCAAAGUAAUUUGGCUAACAAGUCCGUUUUUCAAUGUUUGUACUGCACGCGCCCAUUCUCAGAAAAACGAUAUCGACUAAAGCACAUGAUUGCUUGUCGGUUGGCUCCAAAAAACUUAACAAAGAAAAAAUUACACGAAAUUGGUCGAAUGUAUGAGUCUUCAUCGAUUUCAUCGGGAAGCCCUAAUCUAGUUAAUAAUGUCGAUGAAGAGAUAUCAAUAAGUAAUGGAGUUAUUUGUCAAGCAAAUCAGACUCUUCAAAACGGACAUUCAGACGAAAUAGAAAAUACUAUAAAAAAGGAUAAAAACUCCCCUGAAAAUUCAUAUCAAAAUAAUCCAAAGAUGAAUCAUGAUGUUGACUCAAAAUCAAAUCCAAUCACUCCUUUUCUGUCUACCACUACUAAUCCAUUUAUUAAUUCUGAUGAUUCAUUAAAAACAGAUCGUAAUACCUUAACUACUAAUACAUUUGAUUCUCACUUAGUCACAAAACGUUCAGAAAAUAAUUUAUCUUUUAAUAAUAAUGAACCAUAUGAAUCCGAUGAAAAUAUUUGGCAAAAUUACAGACCCUCUUACGGUGGACCUUAUACAUGUUCAUUUUGCUAUCGUGUGAUCCAUAAUCGUUCAAACUUUUCUAGACAUAUAGCCUCUUGUAAGGCUAGGAUUUCACUAAGUACGCGCAGUACCCCAAAACCAAAGCCUGCCGUACGGAGAAAUAAACGCGAAUUUCAUUUUGUGUUUACGCCUACUCACGAGGUGACACCACAGUUGAAGAAUUUAAGAAAAGAGUUAUUCAAGGGUGGGAUUUCGAAUACUGAGCUUAAUAAGGUUGAUCACCGACAUUCAAAUGGCGAUACAGACAAUAAUGAAAUUGCAAUGAAUUCAGGUGAUAAAUCACUGAAUUUUCGUGGUCUUGCUACGUUAGACAAGAAUAUGACUGCUUUAGUAAAUUCAGAAGACUCACAACAUGAUUGUACCGAUGAACAUCUGUUUUCGACUGGAUGUCAUCAGGACAACCCCACUGAAGUGGAUCUGAUUAGGACUCGUAAGAGAAGAGACUCUGUGGAGAAUUAUAACUCUGGUAUAAAGAAAUCAGGGGAGUGUUUGAAUGGUGGUGGAUGCAUGGAUAAUGAGAUGAUAUCGAAUUUGACAUGGAAAGAAUGUUCAGAGUCGGUGACGUUGGAUUCCAAAGUUGUUGAGAAUGAGAAUAUCGGGCAGGUUGAUCACCGACAUUCAAAUGGCGAUACAGACAAUAAUGAAAUUGCAAUGAAUUCAGGUGAUAAAUCACUGAAUUUUCGUGGUCUUGCUACGUUAGACAAGAAUAUGACUGCUUUAGUAAAUUCAGAAGACUCACAACAUGAUUGUACCGAUGAACAUCUGUUUUCGACUGGAUGUCAUCAGGACAACCCCACUGAAGAUGAACAGAAGAAUCGGAUGUCUCCAUCGACGAGUGGACUGGAGACAUCAGAAGGAACAACACCACCACCACCACCACCAACAACAACAGCAACAACAACAAUGACGACGACGACACCAACAGGAACAUCGAGUGAACAUGAUGUUUCGAAUGAAAAUUUAACUGCUACUCCCUUCAAAUGUAACAUGUGUUCAUUGAGUUAUCGCCAUAGAACGUCACUUUUACGUCAUGCACGUCAAUCGAACCACAAGGUGGAUCUGAUUAGGACUCGUAAGAGAAGAGACUCUGUGGAGAAUUAUAACUCUGGUAUAAAGAAAUCAGGGGAGUGUUUGAAUGGUGGUGGAUGCAUGGAUAAUGAGAUGAUAUCGAAUUUGACAUGGAAAGAAUGUUCAGAGUCGGUGACGUUGGAUUCCAAAGUUGUUGAGAAUGAGAAUAUCGGGCAGAUGAAACAAAUAUCUGAAACUCAUUCAUCAUCCAAUAAUUCAUCUAUCCUAACUGGAAAGACUUAUUCUCUUGGUUUACGAAGUCGCAGACUAUCAUUACAAUCUAAUCAAAGUAUCCGGAAUAUAGAAACUCCAUCUAUUAUAUCAAAGUUAAAUAGAAGAAAAAAUAGAUCAGUUUCUCCAUAUUCACUUCGUCAUCCACGUAUCGAAGAAGAAAUAUCUAAAUGUAGUCGUCGAUCAUCGGUGUCUACACAAUCUUUAAGUGAUAAUUUAAUUGACGAUGUCAGAUCUAUCAUCUCAAAUGCAACAACUGUCCCAGCAUCUGAUUGUAGUUUAAAAAUCAAUGAAUCGUCAUCAUUAUUUACUUGUUCUUGGUGUAAUCGUUCUGGAUUUAAGUGUUGGCGUUACCUUCAAAUACAUCGUGCACGAUGUUCAUCUCAUCCAAGUCGAUCCAAUAAACAAAAAUCUAUUUUAUCGACGAACAAUAUUUCACAAGUUAAAACUUCUGUAACUUGUGAACAGUGCAAUCGAGAAUUUCGAUCUGGAACUGGCUUAAAAGUUCAUCAAACUUUAAUGUCUCAUCAUAAUAAUAAAUCAUUCAUUCAUAAAAAUGAAUUAUCUAAUAACUUAUUAUCACAAUCUAUCGCUUGUCCAGGCUGUUCACAUGAUUCACCAUUAUUUGAAUCAACUGAAAAAUUAUUAAAACAUUUACUAACAUUAAAAUCAACAAAUACUACUACUACUAAUACUAAUCAUCAUCAUCAUCAUCAUCAUACAAAUCGUAGUCAGUAUUGGCCUACUGUAUUAUCAGUGCCUAAUUUAGGUUAUGGUUGUCAUAUAUGUGGAAUGUUACUUGCUUCAGAAUCACGUUUAGAUAAACAUAAAAAAGCUGUUCAUGAAGUAUGGCUUUUUCAAGAACAACAAAAUAUUAGUCCAAGUAAAAAAUUAUCUACUUCUACUUCAUAAAUAUAUUUAUAUUUAUAUUACAUGAUUGUUAUAGUUGAAUGUCUUCAUUUUCUCUUCUUUCCUUUUUCUUUUUUUAAAAACAUUAUUAGUAUUUUAUCAGACAUAGUUAUCGUUUUUGUAAGUAGUCAACUAUCUGUAAAUUUGUGUAAUAACAAUAAUGUGUAUAUUAAUCUCUUCUUAAUUCUUUCUCUUUCAAAACUUUUUCUCUAUUAUUACGUAAUAAUAACAUGAUGAUGAUUAGUAAUGAGAUACAUUACAAUGAUCAGUCGAAUGAUAAUGCAUCAAGACGAUAUGAAUAUUUGUAAUUAGUACUUAUUUAUGCAUUCAUUCAUGUAUUUUUGUGUGUACUGUUUCUAGGCUUUUUUAAUUAAAAUUUUUAUUUAACCUUAUUUUUCAAAAAAAAAAAUACAUAUUUUCUGUGUUAGAUAUACUACUGAAUAGGAUUAUUUUUAAAAAUAAUGAAUGUAUAUUAAAAGAAAAAUACUCAGCAAAUUUUUCAUCUUUACUUCGUUAACUCCUUAACUUUUUUUUAAAGUUUAAACUCAGUUUUCACCACUUUGCCUUUGUAUUCCUCUGCUCACUCAUUCACUCACUCACUCUACUUAAUUAUUUGUGACUCAUUCCAUCUUAUCUCUGUAACCUUACUAUCACAUCAUUAACAUCUUUCAGAAGUAAAAAAAUCUUUUUUAUCAUAAACAAAUCAGAUGUAUGUUUUUCAGUUUAUAAGAUUAUUAUGCUUUUUAACUAGUACUGUUAUCAUUAAUUAUAAUUCUAUUAUGUACAGUUUAUAGUGUGAAAAUUGUUUUGCGUCUCUAGUAUUUGUUAUUUUGUUGUGUUUUCUCCCUCCCAGCGUAUUUCUUCUGUUCUCUUAGAAAACCACGAGGAAAUUGUAACUGUGGCAAUGAAUAGUGAGAGAUGGCGGAAUAAAGAGAAAAGAGUUUCUUUUUUUUCUGCUUAGGAUUUUUUAAUGAAUCGUUCUUUUGUAUGAAAAUAAUAAAUUUAUUCGUUUGCUUUUUAUCAUUGUUGUUGUUGUGGUGGUGGCGGCGGUUAUAGCUGUACCAUUUCUAGUGGAUAUAUUUUAAUGCAAACACUUCUAGGUUUGUGUUUCAAUUAUUCCCUCCCUCUUCUCAUUCGUCUACUCUGUAUUUUUUAUUUACUUAUUUUACAAUGUGUAUCAUUUUCUCUUUUUGUAUGUGUUAAAGGAGAAUAAAUUUUUUUUUAAUGACAAAAA